AUGGCAGACCCCACCCAAUCGCAUGGCCGUGGAGCCCAGAAACUCCCUUCCCCGCCAAUUCUUCGCAGUCCGCUCUCGUCAGGCAGCGGUAGUGGAACCCCGAUCUCAUUCCAAACAAACGUGAAUCGCUCCAAAACAAAACGAUGGGUGGAAGCAAAGCAAUAUUCUUAUGAUGGGGGUGACUGGGGUAGUGACGAAUAUGAAGAGGAGGAAGAGGAGGUGCCUCCCGCAGUAUCUCGGCCUCCCUAUGCCUCCCGCCACACUGGCAGUUCGUCUGAGUUGUCCUUAAGGCGUUUGUCUGGCAUCGGAUUCGGAACCGGGGCCAGUGAGUCGAAUUUGGCUGAUGGCAAAGGUAGGAGCCUUAGUGGAGGAGACCAGAAGACCCUUCCAUUUGCAAGGCCUGCCGACCGCUACAAACGCAUGCGCGAGGAGAAAGCGACACAGCAGUCUCCUACCACCGAUAUCAAUGACCCCCAGCCUGAGGUGUGCGAAGUUUUACCUCAAACAAACAAGCAGAGUCCUCCUUUGGGUCUACCGGAAGUCAAGCGCAUGUCUAGUUUUGGUGCCGAUUUCUUGAGUGGUACAGACUCCAGCACGCCAAAGGAUAGCUCUGCAUCCCAAGAACCUUCAUUGCACCACAACCCCUCGUCGGGAUUCCGAUCGGUAGUGAAUCAGGCCUUCGAUGUCCCAGAAACUCCACCAUCCACUACCACUACUGUCACGCGGUCGAACAGCGAUGACACUUCGAUGAUCAGCCCUAUCAUGGGCGUUCGGACUAGGACUGAUGAAAGAGCACCCACUAUUCUCGAGGAGCCGAAUGAUGAGUCGAGUUCUCUGAAGGCAACUGGGAAUGCGAUUCCAGGGUUUAACCCAGGACAUCGCCGGGACCUGAGCCUUCCUAGUUCUGACAACAGUCCUUCGAGAAUACCUCAAGUCACAGACCAGGAAACCCCAUUGGCGGGCUGUGCAGAACUGUCUUCCAUUCCUCUCCUCCAGAAUACCUCGCCGGAAUCAACUAAUGCGGACAUCUCUCCUCAGAAUCCAUUGAUGCAAUCACUGUCGACCAAUGGGCAGGAUAUGCCUGCCCCUCUCAAAUUUGGAAACGCAUCAGGCCCUGACGCCUUCCGUAGCGAAAUCCCCACCAUUAUGGCAGCCGAAGAAUCGCCACAGAAUACUGACAAUGAUCGCUUGAGGGAAGAGAUUAUUCGAUCAUUAAGUCGGGAAACAACCCCAAUGGAAGACCCGGAACCCAGCAACCAAUCUCUAUCGCAGGCCUCUGCUGAGUCCGUCCCGCACCAGGAAAUUGUUUCUGGCAGUCACCCAGAAUGGACUAGCCCGCCGCCUUUGCCGCCUCGAGACCCUUAUGCGACCAGUCAAGGCGUGGCUGGUAACUAUUCAUCCACGAUCAUUGAUCAGCCAAAGAAGCCUAAGUUGGAAAGGCGGUUCUCAUGGGAAUCGUCCGAUUCGUCAGACCCUGGGCCACCUCAGAUACCCGGCAGCUAUUCAUCGCCCCCUCGUUUAGCCACUUCGUCAUCUACGCAAGAGCCUGAGCCUAUACAUGAGAAGGCCACCACAUUGGCGUCGGACGUGUCGCACGACCCGCUUGCUUCUGAAGACGAAAGGUCCGUUACUCAGCGUGCUGUGGAAAGGCCUCGACUUUCGAUCGUUCCACCUAUCCCAGAAAACAUGACACCGCCAGAGCAAGUCAUGGGACCAGGGACUACACCACCCCCGCAACAAGUCUCUUUAAACGCCGGCAGCUCGUCCCUCGAUGAGUCGAAACUUUUAGGCUUCCGUGAUAUUCUCGGUAUCUCAUCUAUCAACCAGCGUAUCAAGUCUUUUGACCACACCCGCGACCAGUUCGCCACCAUUGACACUGGUUUGAACCAUUGGCUACAGUUCACAGUUCAUGAACACCCCGAGCAUGCCGACGUCGUCCAACGGAGCCAAAAUCUCUCCCCUACCGUGCCACCAUCAGAUGCUUCUCGCAGCAGAUUUCCUAAAUUGGGUGCUCUUUCAAAUCUCGGUGCCUUGAAUGACGGUACUUCGGCUAGCACCACUCACAUCAGACGCCCGUCGGGCCAUCUCGGCACCGUGAUUAACAAGGACAAAGUUGGGGAGAGAGGAAAGGAACUAUUCCACACUGCGGGGGCAUUUAGUGGCAAGGCAAUGGGGCUGUUUGCCAAGGGCAGAAGCAAGUUCCGACCCAGCGGAGGUUCUGAGAAGGUUCAGUCAACUCCAAGUGUGUCUCGUCGCAGCUUUCAGUUCUCAUUCCCUUCAGGGUCGGGUGAGGCGCCUGGUAACUCUUCUUCUCUACGAAACUCAGUCACUCUUGCCAGCCUGCCAGCCUUCAUAUCCAAACAAACCGGGCUCAAGCCUGACCCUGAUCCACCGGUUAGUCUUUGUCUAGAUCAUCCUGAGGAUGAACACAAUACCGGCAAACGUGUCGAGGCGACCAAAUCGGGAAAUAACUACCUGUCGCACAACCCUGUUGGAGAAACAACUGUGCCACCGAAGCAACUGUCAUCUUCCAACGGUGUUCCCCUCAAUCCUGAAUUUCCGGGAGAAUCUGUCUUUGCUGGAGAUUUGGAGCAGGAGAUGAUAGAUGGGCUUGGUCUGUCGCCUGCAGACCCUCAUCAUCGAAGGGCGGCAAGUACUCCGACGGCAUGGAAUGCAUUUAGCCAGAUUAAUGGUGGGAAACAGCAGGUUGCAGAGCCAUUACUACGGCCGGGAGAAAGCCUAACUGGCAAUCAAUCCGAUGCUGUAGGGCUGGUGAACAAAGCCGCUGUCGCAAAAAUGAGUUUGCCAGUCAUUCCUGACGAGCCUUUCCAAUUUCCCUUUCCGGUCAGCAACAGCCAGAAGCAUCAGCCAAGCAAGUCUACACCGGAGGUUGUUAUCCCGUCAAUCCGUCCACUGCUUGAUCAAAUUUCUAAUCCUCCUUCGCCUCCUCCCAAUGAUUAUGAUAUUGGGCUUGUCCCUAGCCAGAGUCAUAGAUAUCAUCUCUCUGUCUCAUCACUCGGAGUGUAUGAGCAACGCGGGAAUAUAUCUAAUGAGGAAAUCGACAGAGAUCCCCCUUCACCUUUGCAAGAGACAAAAAAUGAGCUAAAACCAGAACCCUGGGAUGGACCCAAGGUUGGGCAUUCUUUGAAUGACGCUUCUAGUGACUCCCAGUCAUCUGCUCAAGUGAAGAGAAGGUCUUUCAUACCUUUCUAUUCAUCAGGGUUGUCAAAGCUCACAAGCUCUGCCGACGUCCUCAAAUCCGAAAAAAAAUUAACCAAUGGCCUACCUCCAUCUGCUCCAGAUUUCCACAGUCCCUUGAGAAACGAAGUCAGAUACAUACCGGAAACUCGAAGCAGUGUGCUGGGCUUCGAAAGCUUUGGAAAACAGAGCGCCAACGGCAAAGAGACUGGCCUGUCCACACCUGCUAACGUUCUUCCGCAACCUUCGGAAUCGGGAUCUCCUGCAAAGAAUGGGAGCUCUACUAUUGGAAAACUGAAAGAGUUCAGGAGACAACGACACGCUUCGGUGGGAGAUCUCCUCUCAGGUGUUCAACUGCAAGGACCCCAAGCGCCCCCGGCAGGUCAACGCAAACGAACAUUCAGCAGGAUAAGCGUAUUAUUUGGCCGGCAAAACUCUCAAAAUCCUGCGAGAAAAUCGACCACCCACACAAGGUCUGCCUCAGAGCAGCUGCAGAACAAAGAUCGGCCGAAACACACGUCGACAACUGGAACUUCAAAUACUAGCUCUGCUGCACAGGAUGAACCUUCAAUUAUCCAUAAUCUGUUUGAACCAAAGCAUUUGCCAACUCGUCCCCCCGAGCCUAAGGCACCUCCACCACCACCAAGAGACACAAAACUUCUACCCUGCGAUGAUCGUCAACGUGCAGGUAAAAUUCUUCCACACAGUUCCUCGUCCAACUCACUGGCCACUGGUCGGUUCUACUCGCACUUUCAGUCUGGAUCCACGAAUCAAAUUUUCACCGGCUCUCACCAUCUCAGCCACCCUCUCCUAGGUCAAUCCCGGUCACCUUCGCCCAUGUCAUACUCCGAGAACAUAGCUGCACAUCCACUGUCCCUGCUGGAGGAAUCGCAGGACAACCGGGUACAUGAACUGCACGAAGAGCACACGUCUCGUGUACCUGGGGAGUGCCUUCGACACGAACUAUGUGGGGAGAUGCCCGAGGCAAAGCAGAACCACUCGGGUCAACAAUACGAAUUACAAGGCGAUCUCAAUCAACAAAGUCUGACUCCUCAGCCCAACACUCGAUCCCGAACUCCAUUGGCUUCGGGCUCAGCCUCCCCAUCUCCUGAGAACCAUGAGUCCUGCAACAUCGCCGUCUCAAAUGCCUCCGUGCAUCCUCACCGCAGUGAGAACGAGGCUCGCGUAGUCAACUACCCGCCUCACCCAGUAGAGCUUGCCAUUACCGCGGAUGACUCCAGCGAGGAGAUCGUCAUGUCCCCCACAUCCUACCCCGGACAGGAGUGGACACCCAUGCAUUUGUAG